AUUCACUAAAAACUGUCCUGAAUUCCUAAGAAUUUAUUUACCGCAAAACUGACAAAGUGUUUAUUUAAAAAAUGAGGUUGAAGGUAGUCCUUUUCUUUCAUUUCAUUCAUUUUCAUUUUCUUUCUUAAGUAUGGCUAACACAAUAUCUAAUCAAUUAAAAUUUUAUAUUUUCACGUGAAAAGUUUCUUUAGAUAAUUAUUAUCAACAUGAUGACUAACUCUUACGGAUUAAUACGUGUCUGUAGGGCAAUCCGGUGGACUUGAUCGGCUUUUUACUUCGAAAGUUGAGUAAUCGGUGUCGCUUUCUUACGCAUCUUUGAACUGUAUAAAUGUUUUAAAAUUGUUUGAUCCAGAAUGUACCACACCGGACAAUCAAGAAGGCAGGUGCCUUGACUACAGAAAAUACGAUCAGUGUGCAGAUACCAGGGCAAUGUUACGAUCGUUUGCUGUCCGAACGAUCCAAACAAAGAGAAGAGAGAAAUUUUAAUAAAAACUGUGUAUAAGUAUAAGGCUUUGCGACCACCAUACUGUGGUUUUAGCAACGUCUCUCAUACCAGGGUGGUGGUCGAUGGUAAACCAGCUGAACUUGAGUAUUUGUACGUAUGUACUUAUCGUCUGCUGUAUGAUCGAAUAUCGAAUAGGCGCUUGGCCAUGGAUCGUUGCAUUAGGUUUUCGUAAUCCCCGAAACCCAGACAAACCACUAUGGAAGUGCGGAGGUUCCCUGAUAUCGGCUAGGCAUGUUUUGACCGCAGCACAUUGUGCACAUAUGGAUGGAAUAGAAAACAUACACAAUCAUAAUAUUGCCAUUCUUAGAUUGGUGGAGGAGGUGCCAUUUUCGAGGUACGUAUAUCCCAUUUGUACGAAAGAGCUCCUGCGAAAGAGCAACUUCGUCGGCUAUAACCCCCUUGUUGCUGGAUGGGGAGCAUUAAGAUAUAGACGACCACGACGUAAUGCAUUAAUGGAAGUACAAAUGCCAGUGAUUAAGAACGCCGAAUGCAAAAUAGCUUAUUCCAAAUUUCCUAAUGCACCUGAUGUCACUGAUGGUAUAAUAUGCGCCGAACGUGCUCAGGGUGGAAAGGAUUCUUGUACGGCUGUUAAUCUAGAGGCUGGAGUACAAAGAAGUGGCACAAUGAUGUGGGCUGAUGACAUUUAUAAUUAUCAAGGAAUCACCCCUACAUUCGCUCAGAAUUUUAAUGAAACUGUCCCUUGGGAAGGAAGAACUGAUACCUUGAUAUCACGGUUUGUACAUCCUAUAUAUACGACAAAUUUUAGAAUAUUAUAUAACGAAGAACCAGAUCGUCGUGGCCAUGUGAUGUGAAUAAAAGGACUUGAAUUUGAUGAUAUUUUUAUAAUGUUAGAUAACAUAACUAAGUAUCUUCACAGUAAGAUAGGAUGACAUGGUUUACAUGAUCUUAAUGUUGUUCACUUGAGUGAUGAUAUUAUAAGGAAAAGUGUAAUAUCACAGGAUAUUUAUGUUUAGUAACCAGUAAUUCAGAGAUUGGUAUUCAUGGUUACUAUAACGAGGCUGUAGAAACGCACCCUUUCUUCUUUGCAAAUGGUCCUGUAUUUAUGUCUAAGCCGAAACUGGAACCUCUGAAUAAUUUAGAUUUAUUCUUGUUAUUUUCUAAAAUACUUAUCUACAGUAUACCAUAAGGAAUGAUACCGUAUCGCACCUAAUCAAGUGCCUUAAGAAACAUCAACAGGAUAUCACAGUAAUCCCGUAUCGACUGAUAUUUGUAGCCACUACAAUAUCUAUGACACUGGUAGUAAUUAUGAGAACAAUAAUGAUGUGUUCUAUAAGAGGAAAUGAUGAUUAGGAACAAAAACUUACAGGUAAGUCAAAGUAUAUGUUAUUUGCCAUUUGAAAAGAAAGUUACUAACUUGGAAUUUUUUGAUAAAUAAUAAUUGUAUCAUACGUACUUUUGAAUUCGUGCAAGAACAUAUGUAAUUUUGAAGUAGUUAUUAUUAGGAAAUUGUUAGACGCGAACAGUAUGCGAAAAGUUAGUAUGCAGUGUAAUAAUUAUCAAUCAAAACACAAGAAUUAAAUUCUUGAGGAAAAAAUUUCCGGAAUUUCUUAUUUACAUGAUUAUAAAGAAAUCCAUAAUGAAAAUUUGAAAGUACAGUACCAUUGGGAAGAAAAUCACGAUAUUGAAAACGAUAUUUGCAAGUAAAUUUCCAAAAAAUCUGUUUUCAAAUUUUCGCUUUCUAUUUCACAUUAAAAGAAAGGGAGGGCUGCCUUCUUUUUCUGCAAGACAAAACAAACAUUCUGAAUCUCGUAUCAAUGAAUGAUGUCAAUAAGUUAUUUUUCUUUUCAGAUUGAACAAUAUUCCAGAUUUAUUCAUAAUUUCAUACUACGCGAAGAAUAGACUUUUCAUAGGUAUAUAAAGGAAAUAUUAAGUAUAGGAAAACUCUUUUUCGUUGUAGGUGACAUAUGCUUCACGGUUGAACACAUGUAUUUUUGAACACAUAUAAAUGAAAAAGUACUCUUAUGGAGAAAAAGAAUUGAUACCUUCGAUUGACAUUAGAUAAUGUAUAUAAACUUAUGAACAAUCACUAUCAGUUUGUAUCUUAGGUGCACACGCAGAUUUGUUGGAGUUCUUAUAAAAUGUACUUCCUGUACGAACGUUUUAUUCUUCCAAAUUUUACGAUACUAUGUCUCAUAUAAUAACUAUAUGGAUUAAACGUAAUAUAAAUGAUCCGAAAAUAGACUCGAACGACAUUAAUUGUCUUUCUAUUUAUACCAAUAUCGAAAAUACAAGUAAAGCUGGAGUAAUAGUAUGCAAGAAUGGACUAUUUAUUAUUUUAAACCAAAUCAUAGCAUAUUCAGAAUGCACAGUAUUAUCAUGAAAUGUAAAUGAAUCAGUUGUAAACGAACGAUUUUACUGUAAAAUCGUUGCCUCCUUUUUUUCAUCUGAAAUAUAGCAGCAAUGAGUACAUUCUUUUAAUAUAUAAUAAAACGAGAUAUCUUUAUAAAGUUACAUAUGUCAUCACUGGUAACUGUUAUCUCGUAUGACACCAAAUAUACCGUUAGUAUGGAAUGAUAUUUUUAUGAAGAUAUACUUUAAUGAUAGAUUUUAUGAAUGAAACGUUAUAUAAGAAAAAUUAUCUCUUGUUAUUCUAUGAAGUGUAGUAGCUAAUGAAGAUUAAUUUUACGAAGUAUUAGAGCAAAAGAGAAUUAAAAAAUUAAAAAGAUCUAAAUAAGA